AAUCGAUUCCAUUUUCACCGCAGGCGGCGACAGACAACAACAAGAAAAAUCGUAGUACUGUACUGAGUAAUGGCAUUCUUUGGUAGAGAACGAGUUGAUGAAUUUUACCAUCAUAAGCGAUCAAAUUCCAAAGUAUUUGGCCCAAUGCCAUUCUUCAGGCUUAUAACAUUUUUUAUUGAAUUGUUUGUGCUCUUUCAACGAAUUUGGCUUUCCGUCUUUAGAGUUAUUUGGAGACUUUUUUUCUCAGCCCCACUUAAAGUUGUCGACGGUGAAAAUGUUUUGGUGACCGGGGCAGCGAGCGGUCUCGGCCGCCUACUCUCUCUGGCAUUUGCCCAACUAGGGGCUAACAUGAUACUGAUAGACAUCGACGAAAACGGUCUCAAAGAGACCGAAAAGGAUGCGAAAUAUUUUGGGAAGAAGGUUCAUUAUUACGUGUGUGAUCUUAGUCAAAGAAGUGAAAUUUAUAAAACGGUUUCAGAAAUCCAGAAGGACUUUGCUGGUGGUGUUGAUUUUAUUGUAAAUAAUGCUGGUAUUGUGAGUGGUACCAACUUCCUAGAUUGUUCAGAUGAAAUGCUUGCUAAAAUAUUCGAGGUCAAUACGUUAGCAUAUAUAUGGAUCACAAAGGCAUUUCUUCCUAACAUGUUAGCCAGGAACCAUGGACACAUCAUAAAUGUUGCUAGCACAUCCGGAUACAUUGGAAGCAAUGGUUUAAUCGACUACUGUACGAGUAAGUUUGCCACUGUGGGGUUUUCAGAAGCGAUGCAGUGUGAACUACGUAAAAUCAGGAGAACGGGCGUAAAAGUAACUGUCAUUGCUCCAUCCUACUUCAAAUCUGGAAUGUUUGCCGGAUGCACGUCAAGAUUUCCAAGACCAUUGAAUCUGGAUUCAGCAGUGACUACCAUAAUGAAGGGUAUAUUGAGAAAUGAGGAAGUGAUAUUUGUACCCUGGUACAUGCAGUAUAUGCCUCUUCUCAAAGCACUUCUUCCUGUACGAGCACUAUUUGCAAUUCUUGAUUUCAUCGGGACCACAAACUUCAUGAGUGGCUACAAAGACAAAGAUUGAUGAUACUUUGCGGUCAAUCCUUUGUUGAAGGUAUAAAUUUUAAAGUUUGCUGUACUGAUUAUAUAUAGGUGGACAAGAUCAAAGGAUGUGUAUGGGAGGGGGUUGAAAUUGCUACUAGGCAUUUCACAAUGUAGGUAAUACAGAGAAAUCAGUUCAUUUAUUAACCAUUCUCAUAUUUUCUUUAAUUUUUUAUUUUUUCCAAUACUUUAUAGUAUAUUUAAAAUAUAUUUUAAUAUCUGUAAUUAGAAAUUAAGAUUUUACAUAAAAAUUCUUACAUUGUUUUCUGGCACAUUCAAUCUAUUUUCUAUCAUGAAAAUUUAAUUUGCUUGAAAUAUUUUAUACCAAAAAGACUUGUUAUACAAGUUUUCUCUGUAUUUAUUUGAGAAGUUGGGAUAAAAAAUAAAUGUGGAUUAUAUUAUAAAACAUAGUAUUAUAAAAUAUAAUUGGGAUAAAAAAUGAUGGUGCACAUUUUUUCACUUCGCAAAAAGUAGAAACAGUUCAAACUACCGAUCUCUGAUUGAAAUGUGAAAGGGCAUGCGCAUGAACCAACCCUUUGGUGUGAAAUAACCUUAAAAUCACUGUAGCUGUUAUCUGCAGUAGAUUUGGGUGCUGAUGAAUGUGGGUUGAUAAUGGUUCUUUUCCAUUGGGUUGCAUUCCUGAGGGGAGGAGGUGAUGGAACAUAUUCUGACUCCUAUGUUAACAAUUGUAUACAGUAUGCCAGUACAAUCAUCCACAGUGCAUCCUCUAAUUCGAGACUCUAAUUCUGAGACCCCUCUAAUUUGAGACCACUUUUCCAAAGAUCCAAACAGCCAUCUUCAGCUUUUUAACACAAAGCUAGCCCUCUAAUUGGAGACUAACCCCGACACCACCCCCAAAUAUUCAGGUCCCAAAGGUGGUCUUGAAUUGGAGGGCGAACUGUACUUUGUGGGGGUUUUCUUUUAUGUAAAAGUAUUGUAAAUAGACCCUCUGAAAGCUUGUUUGCCUCUAUGGGUCUUCCUUUUUAGAUAAAAAUACAUUAGGAACAAAGAAGCUUUCAGGUUGUAUCAUGUUUGUACAUAAAAAAGUGUAUUUUAGUAAUACUUUCAUAAUACUGAUAUGUGUUGCAAUAGUCUUAAUUUAAAGAAAUCUACAUCUAUAUCAUAUCAACAAGACCAAAUGAAAUUCUUUGAUGUGUUGCAGUAGUUUAGAAAAUAGUUUAAUAAUUAAUUGUAAAUAUUAGAUUAUACGGGUAAAGCAACCAUUUACACUAGGCACGAUAACGACAUGACAAUUGCAUUGUUUAUAUUCUUCAACACUGAGGGCAUUUUUGUUGUGUCAUCGUCGUGUCAUUAUAGUGUCUAGGGUAAAUGUAGCUUAAUAUAGUCCAUGAUACUUGCAUUGUCCAACAUAAUGUAUUCAUUUGUCGAUUACAUGUACAGAAUAUAUUAGUUUUAACAGAGUGUUAUUGUAAUUAUUAAAAAAUUAUAUUCUUCUAAAUUGAGUGCAACCACUAUAAAUAAAGAAAUAUAAUUUGAAAUAUA